GUCAGCUUGCCAGAGUACAGUGUCAACUUUCAUUUCCAUAGGCUGCAUGUUCUAUUUUUAACUCCGGGGAGCGAGCCAGUUGAAGUGCGGUCGACUGGUUUGGUGUGAGGACUUAGCUUAGGCACAUUUUCUGUCAAUGAAUGUGGUGUUUUCUCUGAGUUGGUGAGCUGUUGGAAGUCAGCAAAAACUUAACAGUGGGAAAUGGCUCCAAAGAAGGGAAAAGGAGAUGAUGCAAGAAAGCCACCACCACUGAUUGGAAGGUUUGGCACGUCGUUGAAAAUAGGAGUUGUUGGCCUGCCCAAUGUUGGGAAGUCUACCUUUUUUAACGUGUUGACAAAGAGUCAGGCUGCAGCUGAAAAUUUCCCCUUCUGCACCAUUGACCCAAAUGAAAGCAGAGUGCCCAUUCCAGAUGAACGCUAUGAUUUCCUCUGCCAAUUCCACAAACCUCCCAGCAAAAUCCCAGCAUUCCUUAAUGUUGUUGACAUUGCUGGCCUGGUGAAAGGUGCUCAUGCUGGACAAGGCCUGGGAAAUGCCUUCCUGUCCCAUAUCAGCGCCUGUGACGGCAUCUUCCACAUGACACGUGCUUUUGAGGAUGAGGAUAUCAUCCAUGUUGAGGGGACAGUGGACCCAGUGAGGGAUAUGGAAAUCAUCCAUGAGGAGCUGAGGCUAAAGGAUGAGGAGAUGAUCGGCCCUAUUAUUGACAAGCUCGAGAAGAUGGCCAUUAGAGGCGGUGACAAGAAACUCAAACCAGAAUAUGACGUUAUGUGCAAAAUCAAGAGCUGGGUAAUGGAUAAAAAGAAGCACGUCCGCUACUAUCACGAUUGGAACGACAAGGAGAUUGAAGUGUUGAACAAAUACUUGUUUUUGACAUCCAAACCAAUGAUUUACCUCGUUAACCUCUCUGAGAAAGACUACAUCAGGAAAAAGAACAAAUGGUUGGUGAAAAUCAAGGAGUGGGUGGACAGUCAUGACCCCGCCGCCAUGGUCAUCCCCUUCAGCAGCGCCCUGGAGAGUCAGCUACAGGACAAGAGUGAAGAGGAGAGGCAGCAGCACUGCACAGAGCACAAGACGCAGAGCGCCCUGAGCAAGAUCAUCAAGGCAGGCUACGCAGCCCUGCUGCUGGAGUACUUCUUCACUGCUGGACCAGAUGAGGUCCGUGCAUGGACCAUUCGAAAAGGAACUAAGGCUCCACAGGCUGCGGGAAAGAUCCACACCGACUUUGAGAAGGGCUUCAUUAUGGCGGAAGUAAUGAAAUUCCAGGAUUUUAAAGAGGAAGGCAGUGAGAGUGCUGUCAAGGCGGCAGGGAAAUACAGACAACAGGGGAGAAACUACGUUGUUGAAGAUGGAGACAUCAUUUUUUUCAAGUUUAACAUACCAAAUGCACCUAAGAAAAAGUGACACAAGAACAAUCUGUCGACAUAACUGACUUGUGCUUGUUACCCCCUCAUUUCUCAUUGGCCUGAUACCCACUGCUACUCUCACUUUCUGUAGGAUCAAAUCCCCCCUCUGAUCCAAAGCACAGGUUCAGUAAACUCUGACAGCUUUGCUAUUUAAGAUCAGGAUCGGCCCCCACUUCAAAUUGUAGCAGCAUUUGAAGGAGCAUAUUACUCUCCAGAUACCUCAUUAAUCUCCAUCACGGGUGCCAGCACUGACACAGCUGACAGUGGGGACAAUGCCACCUGCUCUUCUCCCCCUUCUGCAGAUAAUGCAUGUUUUACAGUAGCCCAGAUGUCUACACUCAAUAAAACAUUUGACAAAACCA